UGAAAACUAUUCACUUAAAAUUGACUAACUUAUUUAUCAACAGUGCUUGAAUGCCUAGUGCAUAUGUGCUCACCUAAUAUAUCUCAAACUGAGACUGAACUUUUAUCUUUCAUUCUGUUUAAUACUUGUGAAUCACUGUGGAAAUGUAGUUAAAAUUGUUACUUAUUUGCAGCAAUGAUCAGUUCAUUGUUUGCCAUCAAACUUAUUGGGUUACGAUUGCAUAAAAAGCAAUAAAGUUACUUAAAAUGUUAUCAUUAAUUGUAGAGAAAAUUAUUAUUUUUAGUUUCUCAAUCUUUUAUGGAUCUCUAAUUAAUUUUAUUGUGUUUCUGUCUCUUCUCAAAAAUGGCUUUAAAAACCUUUAUGCGCCCGAUUAUUCAAAAAGACCGGCCAUUCUGGAUGAUCCAAGCUGGGGUAAACAUCAUACGGUCAUAGUUGAUAAAAGAGUUAUUCACUAUGUGGCCAAAGGAAACCCAGAAGAUCCCAUAAUAGUUUUCCUCCAUGGAUUCCCUGAUUUUUGGUUUACUUGGCGUGAACAGUUGAUUGAAUUUGGUUCCAAAGGUUAUUAUGCUGUUGCUAUCGAUAUGCCAGGAUUAGGUGAAUCUAGUAAAAUCUUGGAUAAUGGAUCUUUAAGAGUUGAUGUUGUUGCCGAUUUGGUAGCCAAAGUAAUCGAGAGUAUAACUAAAUCAUCUGACCGAAGCGUUAUCCUGGUUGGCCAUGAUUGGGGUGCUUGUGUUUCAUAUUUCGUCUCUAGUAAAUACUCAAAAUUGGUUUCCAAGUUGAUCAUUUUGAAUGGACCUCAUCCAGUUCAUUUUAGAAAGUUUAUCAAACGUAGUUUAAAACAAUUCCUUAAAUCAUGGUACAUGCUGUUUUUUAAUUCUCCAUUUUUUCCUGACUUGAUGUUUCAAACGUUUGAUUUUUUCAUGUUAAAAGCUGGUUUCAGAAAAGGUGAUCGAUCUUACAUCUUUAGCAACAAAGAGAUGGAACCAUGGAAAUUUAUUUUCAGCCAACCAUUUGCAAUUAAAUCUGCCUUUGGUUAUUAUCGCGAUUUUGUUAAGAGAAGCCGUUUUCUGGACGACUUGAAGCUACCAAUUAGACAACCUACUAUGAUAAUUUGGGGUAACUCUGAUCGUGCUUUAUCGGAAGAGUUUGCAACUCAGGCCAAUAAAUAUGUUGAUAAUGUUCGAGUUGAAUUGGUUCAAAAUGCUGCUCAUUUUGUUCACCUUGAAUAUCCUAAAAAAAUAUCAUCACUUAUUGACGAUUUUAUUAGUAACUGAUUUUCAAAUUGUUCAUAAUUACACUUCAAAUGGCACACCAAUUAAAAAACUUACAUUUUUGUUUCACUCAAAACAUUGUUACAAAUACAAUUUGCUCCAAAGGUAAAUAGAUAUGCAUAACCUAAAAAGCUAGUUAUCUUUGUGUAUCAUCUCUGAACGAUAAUGCUGUGUUCAAUAUAUGAUUCAUCAAAAGGACUCACCAUCUGAAGUCCUUUGAGUAAUCGAAUCAUUAAUGUGUGUUUCUCAUUCAUCCUUAGUAAAAUGUUAUUUCUGACUCCAUAAAUAUGUAUUUUUAAAAUGUUUCUGAUAAAUAAACUUAAAUCCUGAAUGAUCAAA